UUUGAUAGGUUAAUAAUUGAACUUAUAAUUAAGUUUAAGUUAUAUUGCGAAUAAUCUUUGCGGCAUUCAAUCGUUACUUCCAGCGAGCAGGAUUUUAUUAUUUGUUGAAAUGAAAUAAUCCUAAAAUACAGCUCAGUAGUUAACUAACUGUUAGCCUAUUACGAGUUUGAUAAGAAAAAAAUUAAGUUUAUCGAUGGAUAAAUGCUGAACGCAAAUGCUGGUGGCACUAACGGAAAAAGGAUAAAAACCACCGACAGACUGAGGUUCUACCGCUUGGACGUACCCUGCUAGUCAUCGACAGGAAUAUAAACCGCUACUCAGAACAAUAAAAGCAAAUCAUGUUGACUUACCCUGGCGGUACCUAGCGCCCAGGUGAUGCUCUUAAAACGAAACCCAUGACCGCUGAAGGUACCACACAUUAGCGAAGAUGCGAAUCGACGUCGACGGCUUGGAGGUCCUCUUCCCGUACGGUUACAUUUAUCCUGAGCAGUACAGCUAUAUGCUCGAGUUGAAGCACUGCCUUGAUGCUAAAGGACAUGGGGUCCUAGAAAUGCCAUCGGGAACCGGAAAAACUGUUACUCUUCUUUCGUUGAUCGUAGCUUAUCAGAAAGCACAUCCACAACGGGUCAGUAAGCUUGUGUACUGUUCACGUACGCUGCCCGAGAUUGAAAAAGUCGUUGAAGAGGUGCGUCGUUUACGUGAGUACUAUCGCAAAGAGGGUGCAGUCGCUUCAAAUCCAUCACACGACAUUUUGGCGUUGUGUUUGACAUCUCGGAAGAAUCUCUGCAUUCAUCCUGUUGUCUCCGAAGAGCGCGAUGGCCGCGUUGUUGACGCUAAAUGCUACGCAAUGACCUCAGCCUAUCGACGAGGUGAAGAAAGUGAGCCAGAGACAGCUGGCGCUGGCACCUGUACAUUCUACGAAAGUUUUGACACACAUGGACGAGAAAUGGUAUUACCGCCCGGUGUGUACGGCAUUGACGACCUGAAGGAAUACGGUCACAGAAACUAUUGGUGUCCGUAUUUUACCGCUAGAAAUGCGAUUAUGCACGCCAAUGUGGUCAUCUACAGUUACCACUAUCUGCUGGAUCCAAAAAUUGCUGAGAUUGUGUCCAAGGAUCUGAGUUGUAGCAGUGUUGUUGUAUUUGAUGAGGCUCAUAAUAUCGACAACGUCUGUAUCGAUGCCAUGAGUGUAACUAUCAAUCGGAAAAUGUUGGAUAUCAUCAACGCAAAUCUCGUCGUUGUCGAAAAUCGCGUAAGACACAUUCGCCAGACUGAUGCUGGACAGCUGCAAGAAGAAUACAACAAACUGGUUGCUGGCCUUCGAACUGCAGCUCAGGCUCGUGCUACGGAUAUCAUUAUGCCAAAUCCUGUCUUGCCAGAUGAAGUCCUCCAGGAGGCUGUGCCGGGAACAAUAAGAACUGCCGAACAUUUUACUGCGUUUCUACGGCGACUUUAUGAGUACGUCAAGUAUCGUAUGCGAACGACCCACGUUAUUCAAGAAUCACCGGCGGCAUUUCUUAAAGAUAUUAACAAACAGGUUUGUAUUGAACGUAAACCGUUGCGAUUUUGUGCCGAACGACUCGCAAGCUUACUUCGCUCCUUAGAAAUCUCAGAUGUAGCAAAUUUUUCGCCACUUGUCCGACUUUGCCAUUUUGCUACCCUGAUCUCAACAUACACAAAGGGCUUUACUCUCAUCAUUGAACCGUACGACGACAGAACGCCCAACAUUCCCAAUUGCACGUUGCAGCUGAGUUGUAUGGAUGCGUCCAUUGCUAUAAGGCCAGUCUUCGAGCGUUUCCAAUCAGUAAUCAUUACUUCGGGAACGCUUUCACCGUUGGAUAUGUAUCCGAAGAUUCUCGCGUUUCAUCCCAUCGUUAUGGCUUCAUUUACAAUGACCCUAGCCCGACCUUCAAUCUGCCCGAUUGUUAUCAGUAAAGGAAAUGAUCAGGUUGCAAUUUCAUCGCGUUAUGAAAAUCGUGAUGACAUGGCCGUCAUCCGUAAUUACGGCAAUCUCUUAGUUGAGAUGUGCGGAGCGGUACCUGAUGGAAUUGUAGUCUUUUUUACGUCAUACCAGUACCUGGAGAACGUGGUAGCUUCUUGGUACGAGCAGGGAAUCGUCGAUCAGGUUCUGCGUCGUAAACUGCUCUUUAUCGAAACGCAAGAUUCAGCGGAAACGAGCCUGGCCCUUCUCCACUAUGUGAGAGCAGUGGAGAGCGGUCGGGGUGCUGUGCUGUUAUCGGUAGCUCGAGGGAAGGUUUCCGAGGGAGUCGACUUCGAUCAUCAUCUGGGUCGCGCUGUGUUAAUGUUCGGCAUUCCAUAUGUCUUCACUCAGAGUCGCGUGCUACGAGCGCGCCUAGAGUUCCUACGAGAUCAAUUUCAGAUUAAAGAAAAUGAUUUUUUAACGUUUGAUGCUAUGCGACAUGCAGCACAGUGUGUUGGCAGAGCCCUCAGGGGAAAAACCGAUUACGGCGUGAUGGUAUUCGCAGACAAGAGGUUCUCUCGACAUGAUAAAAAGAGUAAAUUACCACGCUGGAUUCAGGAGUACUUAACGGACUCGCUAUGCAACCUGAGCACAGAGGAGGGUGUGCAGGUAGUAAAGAAGUUCCUGCGGCAGAUGGCACAGCCAUUUACGCGCGAAGAUCAGUUGGGACUUAGUCUAUUGACGGCUGAACAACUCAACGACGAAGAGCUCAAAAAAAAGAUUAAACAAAAAAUCAUGGAAUUCUCCACUGCUGGAGGAUAAUUUCAUCCCAACGUUGCGAAUCAUUAGAUCUCAUUGAUGUCAGUACAGAGUGUUGCAUCCACAGGGUUUUGAUCAGCGCCGCGCGAGAAUAGCAAGAAGACUCCUAAUCAAUCGACGCUUUGUAGGGGCUAUAUAACGUAGGCAAGAAAUAGCUGAAAAUAUAAAGAGUCGUUCUUAACGGGUGUCACCACUGAGCCUGUAUUUAGGUGAUUACGAGUAUUUAUGUUAUGAACGAACGUCUUGAUCUUAACGCUAAUCAUUGUCAGGUACGAUAUUUAUAAAUUACAGUCAAUUACGUCAAUGUAAUAAAGGGAUUGAUGUCGUAGUAUU